ACACAUUUUUAGCACGAAACUUUGCUAUCCAAAAAUAAAAAUACUUAAAAUAAAAAUGAAAAGUACUAUUCUUCAAGGCCACAAGGCCACUGCAAGUCAGUUAUGGCGCACUACAGCCAUUAUUGACGCAAACAGCUUCCAGCAGCAUACACAGAAGUCGUUUGCGAGUCAAGGCCAUUGCGAGUGAAGCUGUGUGGGGGUGUCUCCCGUGUGCUGUGCCGGCAUUUUUUCAAGUUUUGUUGAGGGUUGUGCUGGCCAAGAUAACAUAUUGAGGAAAACAUUCAGUGAAUAUCGGUGGUACUUGAGUCAAUUUCCCGUUUGUGUCGACUGUCCGUGCGACUUUGAAGGAAGACUUCUUGUGAAGUUUUUGUGAAAAGUGUGGUCUUUAAUGGCUUCAGUAUAUAUUCCUGCUUUUAGAUCUGCCAGGAAGAUCCUGAGUGUGCAGCACUGCUGCUCGUGCAAAGCAGCUCGACAUGUGUCAUUCAACAAAACAUUCAAGUUCGAGGAGAUGGACAUGGAGCUGGCCACGCCGGACCAGCUGAAGCCGAAGCCGCCCGUCUCCAGCCUGGUGUUCGGCAAGCACUUCACCGAUCACAUGCUGACGAUUGACUGGUGCGCGGCCAAGGGCUGGGCCAACCCGCGCAUCACGCCCCUCCAGCCGCUGGCCAUCCACCCGGCCGCCAAGGUCCUUCAUUACGCCCUUGAGCUGUUCGAGGGUAUGAAGGCGUACCGGGGUGUGGACGGUCGGAUCCGCCUCUUCCGACCAUCGCUCAACAUGGAUCGGAUGAACGCCACGGCACAGCGGGUGGUGCUGCCCAACUUUGACGGAGCCGAGCUCACCAAGUGCAUCAAACGCCUGGUGGCCAUCGACCAGGAGUGGGUGCCCCACUCGACCGCCUCCAGUCUCUACAUUCGGCCGACGCUUAUCGGCACAGAGCCGACACUGGGUGUCUCGGCGUCCAACAACGCGGUGCUGUACGUCAUCCUCGGCCCGGUCGGACCGUACUUUGCCUCGGGCUUCAAGCCGGUCUCGCUGCUGGCCGACCCGGCGUACAUCCGCGCGUGGCGCGGCGGCUGCGGCUUCGCCAAGAUGGGGGCCAACUACGCGCCCACCGUUAUGGUGCAGAAAGUAGCCGAGAAGCAGGACCUCCAGCAGGUGAUGUGGCUGUACGGAGAGGACCACGAGAUCACCGAGGUGGGCACCAUGAACAUCUUCUGCUUCCUGACCACCGAGCAGGGUGACCGGGAGCUGGUUACGCCGCCUCUGGAUGGCGUCAUCCUGCCGGGAGUGACGCGCCGCAGCAUCCUGGACCUGGCGCGCCAGUGGGGAGAGUUCACCGUCUCUGAGCGCCGCCUCACCAUGGGAGAGUUCGUCAGGGCGUCCGAGCAGGGCAGGGUGAUUGAAAUGUUCGGCGCCGGUACGGCCUGCGUCGUCUGUCCCGUGGAGCGGGUGCGGUACAUGGACCGCGACAUUGUCAUCCCGACGCCGGACGGAGACGCCUCGCUGGCCCACCGGAUCCUCAGCACUCUCUCCGACAUACAGUACGGGCGUGUCGAGCAUCCGUGGAGCGAACCGAUCGACUGAGCUGCGCCGGCCGGGCCGCGGUGGGUCCGCCGGCGCGCUGCGGUACAGCACCGCGCCGCGAGUGGUAGGACCGUCAGCGGAUGGGCGGGACGGCAGGCUGCGGCUCGGUAGGUAGCGCUCUAUAAGCCGGAUUCUGGUAGAGAGGGCCAAGUGCGGCCGCUCGGCGCUCACAUGUGAGCAGGCCGGCGGCUGGCGGCUGUGAGAGCGGCAGCUGUUCUCACCGCGUGAGAGCGGAGCCGCGUAACGUGCAAUACUGUGGGACGGACAGCGAGAACGGGUCAGGAGUGCAGGCGGAGGCGUUUUACCGGAGCAGGGAGGGGCGGUCGGUCGGCCGCCCGCGGGUACCGGCGGCACCAGCCUGUGGCGCCGUGUGGCAGAACCGGAAUAGUCGGCAACGAGCCGCCGGCAGAAAUGCUCAUAGUGUCAAUACUCGCAGGCAACGUUUUUCCUUUUGGAUUGUGACCUCUAGUGCCGCGUGAAUGCUAUUUGAUGCCAGGUCUGCCAGAUGCCUGGUGGGCAGCACGCUCACGAACUUUUCUCGAGUGCGAGUCGAGAGGUUGUAUAUCUCAGCGCGAGACUGUGAACAAAUUGACGGAGCUGAAUCCUUUGUCGUCGUAGUCUUGGCGUUGACUUUUUGUAGCAUUUUCGUUGUAGAUGUGAUGUUUUAUAGGUGUUUUUAAUGUGCGUUUUCUGUUGUCCAUAUCGGUUUCAGCCCAUGUGUUUCAUAGGUAGUGUAAUGACCGGCUGGCGUGCUUAAGAGAUUACUCUACGUAUAGGAGGCUGGUCUUUCAGACUUAAUUCUGACGGCUAUUGUAGGGUGACCGAAACGAGACCAAUAGUGCGCCAAGCGCCGGCACUACCACACGCAUCAGAAUCCUGUGCAAUGUUUGAGUCAGGUAGAAUGGAGUUCUUCUGUUUUUGAGAACAUCUGUUUUUCUGGGUAGUGGAGGCGGACGAGUUUUCCUUAUGUCCGAACGAGCUAUGGAUCGUCAGUCUACGUUUGAGCUAGACGACAUAGACGGCUAAUUUAUCCGUCCUUGGCGGACCUGGGUCUACAGCAGCGCCUCUGUACGCAAGUAGGCACACUAGGGGUUACAGCAAUGCUCGCCAGGUGGUAAGUGCCAGUGGUGCGUUGGCACGAGUUUCGGCUCCAGUCUGAGUGUAGUUAAUGGCGUUAAUGGUUCGGCGUUGUGUUAUUGCCGUGUGCACGCCAAAAGACAUGUGUCGUGAAGGUUUGUGAGAGGAGGUUGCCAUCGUGAGUUGCUACGAAUUGGGUGAGAUCCAGUGACCUGAUACCAAAGGUCGAGCUGCACUUCGUUGCAACAUUUGUAAAUGAUGUACUAAUUGUGGUGUAGGUAGUUCGCUACUAGAGAUAAAUAAACUGAAUCUCGGACA